AUGACGGGACGGGCCGAGACACGAACCCCUGAACCGCCCGACCGCGAGGAACACGAAAAUUCACCACCGCGAUUACCGAGACCGAAGCGAUCAGCCGGACCGCCUAAAAACUAUGCCCAGGAACAAGAACUCGCUACCGAGCAGAGUAGCGCGCGAUUGCAACGGAAAAAGAAAAUCCAGGGCAAGCCAGUCGCCCAACGUGAAGCGGGGGCCUGGGAGUCUUCCGCGGAGAGCGAGGACCCGAACGCCUCGGAACUGCUAAAGGAACUCGUCAAACUCAGAAAGGAGAUCAGAAGACGAGACGAGUUACACAGGGAAGAGCUCCGAAAGGCCAAAGAAGAAUUACAGAGAACCAAGGAAGAAUUUAGCGCCGCCCUUGCUGAGGUUCAACACGAGUUACAGACUCUGGCAGAGAGACCCCUUCCAACGCAACCCCCCCUCCGAGCCAUGCGCGCACAACGGCCACGAUGA